UGGGGGGCGGCAGGUCUCCAGAUGGGAUGCGCUGCAUGCUGACGUCACGCAGAUUCUAUCGAGGAGCUCAGUGGCCUUCAUACGUGUCUAUGCUCAGUGGUCCCAUGGAGGGACCUUGUAAAGGUCAGCGCAUGGGAAGGCGCUGUUAAGACGACACAUGGGUUCAUUCAUCCAUUCUGGCUGUCGCGAAGUGGGAGCGUUAUCGGAGUGAUAUUCCCUCGCUUUGCUUUUUACCUCUGGAAACACAAGGGUCUCUCAAGGACCCAAACCAUGCUGUGAUGUUAUUUCCCUCCAACUUUGUGGGUUUAAUUAAAAGGGAGUGUACAUUAGACUUCGGCAGUGUAUGUUCGUUUUGUAUUAAAUCAACAUCUAAACUUGGGUAUUAAAAAAUAAAUGGAAUUUAUAUGAAACUAGACUAAAAUAGGCCUAGUUGGUUAACGGUAAUAGUUGUUGUACACAUGUCGUGCUAACUUGUGUUUUCCCAAUGCAGGAGUUACAGCGUAAUGUUACCAUUUUGUGGUCUAAUUAAGUGUUGCCCAUUAAUUAACGACCAAUUAAGCUAAGCUAGUAAUGUCGGCCAACUGCUAACGUUAGCUAUUAAGCGACAGUAGUUGCACUGCUGCUAUCAGUUGCUAGCUGCUUGAUGGUGACUAUUGCUAGCUAACAUUAAACAUCUCUCAGUGUUGCUGUUAAAGCCGCGUAGCCACGUCACGUUAUUAUUAUCAGAGCAACGUUUAAAUGUAUUUGGCGUUAUUCAAAAUAUGGAAUAGACGCAACGUUAGCUCGGUUUACUUUAACGUAACUCCACUCCUAGUAUUCAAAUAAACUGCCCCACUGACGUCAGCCUGUAUCUUACGUCGACGUCACUGCAAAAUAGCCAGUGACGUAAAACUCGGUCCGACUCUACACAAAACAGGUCUUUAAGUUACUUUCUCCGGUUGAACGUGUCAGUAACAAACGGGGCGGCGGAAGUUAUUAAGAGUGCGGCGGCGGCGGCUCGUCGUCGUGGACCGAGAGAAGCGGAUUGCCGUGAAGUAACGAGGCGCCGCGCGGCCGCUUCGACGUUACAGGCAGCGGAGCGCCGACCUGCUGCAGUUGUGCGAGGGCGCCGCUGGGUGAGUCGCUCUCUCUGCCCCGCUUCUGUCUCCGCGGCUCCCUUUUUUUCCCAAAGAAAAGAAGAGGAGAACCAGGUCCGGCGGAGGAGGGCCGCCGCCAUUACACCGGGAGAGCUUUGCAGAAACGCCACUUUCACACACGCGAUCUUCUCGCGGAUUGAUCGGGACGCGCCGAGUCUUCUGAUGCAGUAGAGACGCAUUUCAAGAAGACACGCCGCGGCGAUCGCACGGAAGCAGCGUUGUCUCGUGUGCGCAACCCGGCCCAGCGUUAUGUGAGCACAACAAUGGACAGAAUAAUUAUAGAAAAAAGCAGCGUGCCGAAGCGAGAAGAAGACGACUGAGCAGAAUUCUUUUUUUGUGCACCUUAAAAUCCCCCCGGCAGAAAAUCCUUUUGCAAGAACCGACAUUUGAUUCUGUCAUUUGUGAAAUGUAUUUUCUCCCCCCUCCCUCCCCCAGUGUUUAAUUGCAACAAAAACUCUGACGCUAAACGAGCGAAUCCAGGCACAACCUCCCUCCCCUCUCCCCUCUUGGCAUACGUUGUGUCAUCCUCCGUAUUUAUCCCGUGAAUCAUCGAGACGACCGGCGCCACAUCGUGCGGCUCCGCUUCUUGUGCACAUCAGGCGGCGCGAGGGCUGCGGCAAGCGGCGGCCUGACAGAUGCGAGAGGAGAGAGCGGAGAAACGCGACGGAUCUAAUUCCUAUAAGGACGGAAUGAAAGCAGCCUCGGCUCAUAUCACCGCACUUAUUAAAACGAAAGCCCAGCAGAAGAAAGUGAAAUCUGAUCUCCUCCUGUGGAUCAGUGACUUUAUGGACAAACAUUCAAGUGAAUUCCUUUCAUACAGUGCCCGUUUACGGCAGGAUGAACAUUAGCAGGCCAUGAUGGCAAAAAAACAAGAUGUCCGAUCGCCCAUUUACAACCUCAUUGUAGUGGGUCUGUCGGGAACAGAGAAAGAGAAAGGCCAAUGUGGGGUCGGCAAGUCCUGCUUCUGUAAUCGGUACGUGCGACCUAGUGCGGAUGAUUUCUACCUGGAUCACACGUCAGUCUUGAGCACCAGUGACUUUGGCGGUAGAGUGGUUAAUAAUGACCACUUUCUGUUCUGGGGGGAGGUGUCCCGGCUUCUGGAGGAGGGGCCUGAGUGCAGGAUGCAUGUUGUGGAGCAAACUGAGUUCAUUGAUGACCAGACAUUUCAGCCACACCGUAGCACCGCUAUGCAGCCCUAUAUCAAACGGGCCGCAGCAACCAAGCUGGCUUCAGCGGAGAAGCUCAUGUACUUCUGUACCGAUCAGCUGGGCUUGGAGCAAGACUUUGAGCAGAAACAAAUGCCCGAGGGCAAGCUGCAGGUCGAUGGAUUCCUGCUUUGUGUCGAUGUCAGCCGGGGCAUGAACCGCAACUUUGAUGACCAGCUGAAAUUUGUCACAAACCUGUAUGGUCAGCUUAGCAAGACCAAGAAGCCCAUUGUGCUGGUCCUCACCAAAUGCGAUGAAGGAGUUGAACGCUACAUCAAAGAUGCACAUACCUUCGCCAUCACAAAAAAGAGUCUGCCAGUAGUGGAGACGUCUGCGCGCUCAAAUAUAAAUGUGGACCUUGCCUUCCUCACUUUGGUUCAACUCAUUGAUAAGAGCAGGGGCAAGCCCAAGAUCAUUCUUUACUUUGAGGCCUUGAAGCUCCAGAGUCAGCAGAUCGCUUCUGCCAAGGAUCGCUACGAAUGGCUAAUCAACCGCAUAGUAAAGAAUCAUAAUGAAACCUGGUUAAACACCAGUCGACGCAUGAACACCUCCCCAGAGUACAAAGAAUAUGUCUUCUUGGAGGGAACGGCUAAAUGCAAGAAGCUUUUUCAACAGCAUGUCUACCGUCUGAAGCAGGAGCACAUUGAGAGACGCCGCAGAACAUACUUAAUUACUCUGCCUUUAGCGCUUAGCUCCUUGGUGCCUGACCUGGAUGAGAUAGAUCAGCUAAGCUGGUCUGGGGUACAGAAGGUCCUCGAGUCCAAGCAACACUUUGCCCACUGGUUUGUUGUUCUGGAGGAUUCACCAUGGGAGGAUACAUCUCACAUUGAUAACAUGGAAGAUGAGCGAAUCCCCUCAGACCUGCUGGAGACUGCCGAAGCGGAGGACAUAUUUAAUGCCCACCUGGAACACCUGCGUAAUGAGUGCAGACGGGCGGAGAUGAGGCUGGAGUUCAAACACAAGUUAUCCUGCUCUCCCUUUGUAACACCCGGUAGGCCCUGGGAGGAGGCCCGCAGCUUCAUCAUGAACGAAGAGUUCUACCAGUGGCUUGAAGAGCCAGAGUACUUGGACCUGUACAACCGCCAUCAGAAGGAGAUCAUCGACCGCGCUAAAGAAGACUUCCAGGAGCUCUUACUGGAGUACUCAGAGCUUUUUUAUGAGCUUGAGGUGGAUGCCAAGCCAAGCAAGGAGAAGAUGGGGGCUAUUCAAGAGGUUUUGGGGGAGGAACAGCGGUUCAAGGCGCUACAAAAGCUUCCAGCCGAAAGAGAUGCUCUGGUAUUGAAGCAUAUCCACUUUGUCUAUCACCCGACCAAGGAGACCUGCCCGAACAGUCCAAACUGUGGGGACUCUAAGAUUGAACAAAUGCUAGUUUCACGUUUCCCCACGUGUUACCCCUUUUUUGACGUGAAGGCUCAUUUUGGGGACACCAAGGCUGAUAGAAUUAACCUUGUCAUUCUAGGUAAGGAUGGACUGGCCAGAGAAUUUUCAAAUGAGAUCAGGGCCCUGUGCACGAAUGACGACUGGUAUGUACUGGACGGGAAGAUGUACGAGUUGACGCUGCGGCCCAUUGAGGGAAAUGUGCGUCUUCCGAUCAAUUCCUUCCACACCCCUACUUUUACCCCCCACGGAUGUCUGUGUCUGUAUAACUCAAAAGAGUCCCUCUCCUAUGUGAUAGAAAGCCUUGAGCGACUACGGGAAUCAACUCUUUGCCGAAGGGACAGCCUGCUGGCGCAGCUGCCAACAUCCCUGCUUUUAGUCACUAAACGAGGCGUAGGAUCGUAUGUGGAUAUAGGUGGAGAAACGGCCUUAAACCUAAUUACACAGGGUCAGCAGGUUGCAAGGAGGCUACAGUGUAGCUUUUUAGACCCGGCCUCCCCUGGAGUGGGCUACGGCCAUAAUGUCAAUGAGACUCAAAUCAACCAGGUGCUGAGGAGCCUUCUAGAUAUCAGGAGGAGUGUGUCCUUCAGUAGCAACUCCCCUCCCCUCCUCCCUGAGCCUCCAGGUCUCCGAGACUCCCCUCAUCAGCCGGCCCCAGAGGCUGACCUUCGCAUCGUCAUGUGCCUGAUGUGUGGGGAUAACUACGACGUUGAGCAGCUCCUGUCUCCUUUCUUAAUGCAUCAGCACUGCAGGCCCAUGUCCAAUAGCGGCACAUCUGUACUACUGGAGCAGACGGUUGGAGGACACAAGAUCGCUAUAGAGCUCUCUCUGCUCUCAUACCACGCGUCUUUCACGCUGCGGAAGAGCAGGUUAGUGCACGGCUACAUUGCUGUGUACUCGGUCUCCCGAAAGGCCUCCCUGGAAACCCUGUGUGCAUUCUUGUGUGAGGUCCCGGAUAUCAUCCCGCUUCAGCUGUUGGCAGUGGGAGAUAGCCAGGCGGAGCUCACUGACAGCGACUAUGCCGGUGAACAGCUGAUCCAAGGGGAGGAGCUGGCCCAUGAGAUUGAGGGUCGUUUCAACAGUGUGGUUUGUGGAUCCGGGGGCGUGGUGGGAGGCCUGCACAGGAUAGAAAUGUUCCAUGCCUUUCUGAUGGAGGUGAUUGAGAAACGCAACAUUGUGGAGGCCACGCACAUGUACGACAAUGUCGCAGAAGCGUGCACGGGUGAAAACGUGUACUCCCCCCGCUGCAGUUCUCCCAGUCCUGUCACCAUGUUCCUGGAUUCGGAGGAUGAUGUCGAGCCAUCGCCACCCUACUACGACGGCACACUCACUUCUCAUAGCGGGAGCUUCAACCUGCCCGACUUGGAUUCCAGUGACAUUUCUGUCAUCUCCGAUAUCAGAGACUUUGAGAACAAGCUCAACAACAAAGUGCCCCCCCAAGCGAGAGUCAAACCGGGUGUCACGUUCGACUUCCGGAAGGUGAGCCGUAACCCGUAUAUGGACACACUGGGCCACCGUCGCUCCCUGCCCUCGGCUGUUACCUGGGUUCCCGGUGGGGACGUGGGCUACGAUCCCUCAGACUACGCCGAACCCAUUGACGCAGUUUCAAAACCUCGCCCUAGCAACGAAGAGAUCAUCUACUCUGUCCCGCACGACAGCACUCAAGGCAAAAUCAUCACCAUCCGCAACUCCAACAGGAUGCACUCCAACGGAAAUGGCUCGGACAGCGAAGCGGACAGCAGCUCUCUGGAGCGGAGGAGGAAGUUCUCGGCAGCGGGGGUGAAGCCCCGGCUCUACCGCGACCGCUCCAAGAGGCUCGGCAAGUUCAGCAGCUUCCGCACGAGCUUCAUAGGCAGCGACGACGAGAUGGGAGCACUUCUGAAGUCCAAGGAGGAGGACUUUGGGACUCUGAAAGGCGAAAGCCUUGUUGAGGAGAUUGAGGACCCCAAAAAGAGGAACAUUCUGAAAAGCCUGCGACGAACAGCCAAGAAAUCAAGACCAAAGCCUCGCCCGGCCAUUCCCAAGCCUGUGGAGAGCAGUUACUUUGGGGUCCCCCUAGUGAAUGUGGUAUCCCCAGACAGACCCAUCCCGCUCUUCAUCGAAAAGUGUGUCCGCUUCAUUGAGACCACAGGCCUGAAUACCGAGGGGUUGUACCGCGUUAGUGGCAACAAGUCGGAGAUGGAAAGCAUGCAGAGGCAGUUUGAACAGGACCACGGAUUAGACCUGGUAGAGAAAGACUUCUCCAUAAACACUGUGGCUGGAGCCCUCAAAAGCUUCUUCUCUGAACUGCCUGAGCCUCUGGUGCCUUGUGCUCUGCAGGUGGACCUAUUGGACGCUUUCAAAAUUAAUGACCGCGAACAGAGGCUGUGCACCAUGAAGGAUGUCCUAAGGAGGUUCCCCAGGGAGAAUUAUGAGGUCUUCAGAUACGUAGUGAGCCACUUAUACAAGGUGAGCCAGCUGAACAGGUUGAACUUGAUGACCAGCGAAAACUUGUCCAUCUGCUUCUGGCCCACCCUCAUGAGGCCAGACUUCACUACCAUGGAUGCCCUGACUGCCACGCGCACCUACCAGACAAUCAUCGAAAGCUUCAUCCACCAGUGUGCAUUUUUCUUCUAUAACCAGCCCCUCCUGGAGUCCCCCACCGGCCUCGCGGGCCUCCCCGCUUCGCCCACCACCACCCUCAGCGGGAGCUCUGCCUACUCUUGUUACCGCUUCCUCUCCCCCCGCACACCACCGCACCACUUCAGCCCCCUGCCAGCAGUCCCCGCCCACCACCCCCCAGUCUCCCCCUCCAGUCCCUGCUCCUCUCCCCUCCACCAGCACCCCCACUCCCACCAUUCCACCGCCGAACAAGAGACACUGUGAGAGGCAGUGAAACCACGUGUGCCCAUGAUGAUGCUGGACUUUAUCACCAACACACAUACACACACACACAACAAACCUGUGCACACUAUGUCUUUGACAACCGAGCUUACGAAAAGAGGAGAUAGGAAGUGUAUAAGGGACUUCCCUAACCUGCCAUCUUUACCCACACGUAUGUGCGUCAGCGCAGCGUACCGUUAUCUUCCUCUGCCCUCUGAGCCCCUCAUCGCCUAUAAUUUAAGGGUUUCAGGUUUGAGGAGGAGGACAGAGGUCGCUGUCCCGGCAAGCUUCUGUUCCGGCCACCAUUUAUCCUACACUAUCAAGAAAUAGAAAUCUCUACGCCAAGCUGGAAGAACUGAUUUGUGGACACCAUAUUUUUUAUCUGUGUAUAAAAGUAUUUGUUUUUUUCCCUCAUGAAAGUACUGCCACUGGAUUUUUAGACUGUUUCUCUAUAGGUUCUUUGGGCAGCAUUCUGCUCAUUUUUUACCUGAGCAGUAAGCAUGGGAUGGGGAUGG